UAACUCGUUACUACCCACCUCUGAUUAUAGGCUAGUAAGACUUCAAAGCUGUGCAUAAAAGGGCAUGAGGGGUUAUAGCGCCUUGUUGUCCCUGAGUUCAAUAACCCUACAGUAUUGGCGUGCUGGGCUUUUCUGUUGACCUGUCCGAAGGGCAGUUUUGGGGCCGCUGCUAGUGAGUCAGACGAGACAUAAGAUUUUAAUAUGGACAUCGGAUCAGUGAAUUCUCUUCCUUACGAGGACUUUGUGGAUGUUUUCGGUAACGUGGUGGAGAAAUGUCCACUCAUAACGGCCGCGGUAUGGUCCCGCCGUCCAUUCUCGAGCCUUGCUGACCUGGAGGCCAGUAUAAACGACUUCAUCGAUGCCCUCCCCGAAUCAGGUAUAGCCAAGGAUGAAUGGAUAGCCUUUAUGGCGGUUUUUGUUCUUUCUUUAAAAUUUAAAAUGAUAUUUUUAAUUUUUACAUUCAGCUGGUGAGAUAUUCUUCAACUAUAAGGCUUUUGAACGUGUGUGUGAAAUAUAUUUUACUAAAUGCUAUUCUAUUAAUCAAUGAAUAUUGAAUUUGAGAUUAUAGUUUUUCCAGCAUCGGACGGCUACCUAAACUCCACUAUCCACAGGUAAAGAGGGAAUCCUCAGAGUUCACCCCGACCUCGCGGGCAGGGACCUCCAAAGUGGGACUCUGACCCGGGAGUCGCGAGAGGAACAGGGCCAGGCCGGUUUGGACACGCUGACCACCGCCGAGGUCUCGCGCAUGACCCGGCUGAAUACGGAAUACAAGGAUCACUUCGGGUUCCCCUUCGUGAUCUGCGCGCGGAAGAACAACAAGGCGACCAUCUUGCGGCAGCUAGAGGAGCGGCUCCGGAACGAGCGCACCAUAGAGAGGGCGUGCGCCAUCGAUGAAGUGAAGAAGAUAUGUCACCUCCGUCUGCAGCGGCUCGUGGUCCCAGAGAUGUCCAACAAGCUAUGACUGACUGACGUGAUGACAUACGGUUUCGUGUGGUCUACCUGCUGAGUUGAAUGUGUUUGAAUAAUGGAUGCGUUAUUGUUGUGCGUAAAGGAGUAACACUGCCUAAAUGUGCUUAAUUUUACCAAGUGCCAAAAUUGAGCACAAGUAAUUAAAUAACUGCAGAUGGUUCAUUGAUUUUAUUCUGAUUUCAAACAUUAACUUUAAUUUGAUAAGUCAGAAAUUAU